GGCGACUAUGAACUACCAAGUGUAUAUUCCUGCGUACUCCAUCUCCGCUCAACAUCUGGCCUAUCUGUCUCUUUCAAUCCUCGCGGCUGCUCAACACGGCCAUCCUGGGACGGAGUUUUUAAUAUUUUACAUCUCCGCUGCUCAAUAGUAAGUUGAUACUAGUAUACUACCAACCAGUCAAACAGCUAAGACAACCCGCUUGCAGCCAACAAUCAAUUAUCAAACGAGGCCAAUGUCUAAUCUCUCUUCUCCAAUGAGUUCUACUCUGUCAACAUCUCAAGGGAUAUUUCCUCCUACGUUUGGUGCAUGUGAAUCCGAGUCUGCUAGUGACACUGAUGUAGUUGAGUUGCAUUCUGUAAUAUGGAACCAAGACUACAGUUGCUUUGCUGCUGGUACAAGCUGUGGUUUUCGCAUAUAUAACUGUGAUCCUUUCAAGGAGACUUUUAGACGUGAUCUCAAAAGUGGGGGGUUUGGGAUUGUCGAAAUGCUAUUCAGGUGCAAUAUUUUAGCCCUUGUUGGUGCUAGGGACAAUACUCAAUACCCACCAAACAAAGUUAUUAUUUGGGAUGAUCAUCAAAGCAGGUGCAUUGGCGAGUUUUCUUUUAGAUCCGAGGUUCGUGCUGUGAAGCUAAGACGUGACCGCAUUGUUGUCGUGCUUGAAUACAAGAUAUAUGUAUACAAUUUUAUGGAUCUAAAGCUUCUUCAUCAGAUAGAGACUUGCCCAAACCCCAGGGGACUUUGUUGCUUGUCACACAACUCAAACACAUCUGUUUUGGCUUGUCCGGGCCUUGGAAAAGGACAAGUACGGGUUGAGCAUUUUGGAUUGAACGUGACAAAAUUAAUCAAGGCUCAUGAUUCUCAAAUAGCUUGCCUAACCUUGACAAUGGAUGGGCUUCUUCUUGCCACGGCUAGCACAAAGGGAACUUUGGUAAGAAUUUUCAAUACAAUGGACGGAACUCGGUUGCAAGAGGUUCGAAGAGGUGUAGACAAAGCCGAUAUCUACAGUAUAGCACUAUCACCUAAUGUUCAGUGGUUAGCCGUGUCUAGUGAUAAAGGCACCAUUCACGUAUACAGCCUAAGGGUGCGAAUUAUUGGGGAGGAUGUUGCAACUGAUACCAGUGCUGCUUUUGGAAAUCAAGCUCAGCUUUAUCAACAGCAUUCAUCAACUGCUCUUGAUGCUCUUAUUUCUCCAAGCAUGGGCGCCAACCCGGGAUCAUCAUUAUCUUUCAUGAAAGGGGUUCUACCGAAGUACUUUAGCUCGGAGUGGUCAUUUGCUCGGUUCCACUUGCCAGAGUCUACCCAAUUUAUUGCUGCUUUUGGAUCUCAGGAUACAGUUAUUGCCGUUGGGAUCGAUGGGAGUUUUUACAGGUGUAGUUUUGACCCUGUGAAUGGAGGUGAGAUGGUGCAGCAGGAACAUGUUUGCUUUCUGAAAACGAAUAGUAGUGCUGCUGCCAAGAUAUAUAGAUAGACCCAACUUUAUUUCAAAUUUUGUUCUCUUCCUCUUGUAAAUGCGCCAUUGGUUUAUUAUUUGGAUGUAAGUAAGAAAAAUAAUUCCGAUGCCAUUCAGCUGAUGAUGAAUGAUGAUAGAUGUUAAUAAUAAUAGUAAUCUUAUCAAUGCACAUAAUUUCCAUUCGUUUGUAGAAGACCCGAAUGCUAAAAAAAUGAUACAGUAGUAUAUAUUGCCAAUUUUGUGGGCAUUCGUUUUCAUUCAUUGUUGCAAAUUGGUAAGUUGU